AAUAAAUUAUCUUUUUUGUUUUUGUUGUUUCUCUUUUAUUAAUAAUUAUCUGGAUUUAUUGAUAAUCAUUAAUAAACUUUUAUUUUCUCUUUUUCUCAUUUUUGCUGUCUCAUUGUGAGUACCUUGUAGGUUAUAUCUUGAUUAUCCUAAUGGUGGACAAUGAAACGGUUUCUGGUGCUGCUCUUCAAGCAGUUGAAUUGGAAGUUGGUUCUGGUUCACCUCAUUUAGCUUUAAAUAAGCCAUUUGAUCCUGAAGAACAUAAUUUAGAUCCAUCUUUUCGGUUGACUAAAUUAACCGAAUUAAAAGGAUGCGGAUGUAAAGUUCCUCAGGAAACAUUGAGGAAACUUCUUGAGGGACUUGUAGAUGACCAGCGUAACUCACCAUCAUCAUCUUAUUAUGCUGGUCAACAGUUGGGCCUUCCAAGAAUAGGUAUUGGUAUGGAUAGCAGUGUAACUCCUAUUAGGCAUGGAAGCUUAUUAUUAGUUCAAACAACCGAUUUUUUCUAUCCCUUGGUUGAUGAUCCUUAUGUCAUGGGGAAAAUAGCUUGUGCCAAUGUUCUAAGUGAUCUGUAUGCCAUGGGAGUCACCGAAUGUGAUAAUAUGCUUAUGAUAUUAGGAGUUAGUCAACAGAUGAAUGACAAAGAACGAGAUACUGUUGUACCUAUCAUGAUGAAAGGAUUUAGGGAUUGUGCCUACGAAGCUGGUACCAAUGUUACUGGAGGACAAACAGUUAAAAAUCCUUGGUUAACUAUCGGUGGUGUUGCAACAAGUGUCUGUCAACCAAAUGAAUAUCUCAUUCCAGAUAGUGCUGUUAUUGGAGACGUUCUGGUUCUCACUAAACCUUUAGGAAUUCAAGUUGCUGUCAAUGCAUAUCAAUGGUUAGAUAAUCCUGAUCAAUGGAACAAAAUUAAAUUAGUUGUCUCUGAUGAAGAUGUACGAAAAGCUUAUCUCAGAGCAAUGGAUAGUAUGAGUAGAUUGAAUCGUGUGGCUGCUCGAUUGAUGCAUAAAUAUAAUGCUCAUGGAGCAACUGAUGUCACUGGAUUCGGAAUUCUUGGCCAUGCUUCUAAUUUAGCUAAAAAUCAAAAGAAUGAAGUUUCAUUUGUUAUACACAAUUUACCGGUCAUAUCAAAAAUGGCCUCUGUCGAUAAAGCUUGUGGUUCAAGGUUUCGAUUGAUGCAAGGCUAUUGUGCCGAAACCUCUGGAGGUCUUUUGAUUUGUUUACCAAGGGAACAAGCAACGGCCUUUUGUAAAGAUAUCGAGAAACAAGAAGGAUAUCAAGCUUGGAUUAUUGGAAUUGUUGAAAAAGGAAAUCGAACGGCUCGAAUAAUCGAUAAACCAAGAGUUAUCGAAGUGCCUAGUAAAGAAAAAGAUGGCGAAUUGUGGUAAUUGAGCUAUUUAUUUGCUUUUUAAUCAACUAAUGGCUUUACUUUAAAUUUUACACGUUAGAAAUAUCCAAAAAUGCCAAAUCCAUGUAUAUUAUAUUUCUUUACUCUAUUUUGUCAUUGAAAGUUUACUGUUAUCAAUUGUUUGUUGUCAUGAUGAUGUUCUGAUCAUUGGUCAUAUUAAUUAUUAUGAUGAUGAUUAUUGUUUCAUCUUGAGGAUAAAAAUACAAAAACAAUAACUGAUUUUGUGCAUCAUAAUCAAUCAUAAAUUGUAUAACAUCAAUUAAACAACAAUUUAGCAACAGUAUCAACAAAAAAAAGGGAAAAAGUUUCAAUAAAAAAUAUUGUAAUAUAUUAUAGAGAGAGAUA